AUGCUCCCCUCCGCCACCACGGCCAGUGGUACGAUCUCCUCGGCCACUUCGGCGAACAGUGGGCUGAACCGGAGAAGAUACGGCUCCCUGCAGGUGGUUCCCUCGGGGCAGACCACCAGGUCCCCCACCUCGAGCAGCCGCCGCAUCGUCUCCCCGUCCCGUCGCCGGUCCCGCGUCAGUCGCACGGUGGGGAUCGGCGACAGCGCCUCCGAGACGGGGCUCAGGCUGUACGUCACCGCCACCAACUUCCGCCGAAGGGCCGUCGCCGCGACGAUGGGGUCUAGCAGGGUCCGGUGGCUGCAGGCGUAG